CAGUGAAACAGAAGUUGGAACUUCUUUUAUCUUCUCUACUGUGACGUAGGGAUUUAAAUCAAACCCUUCAUAUUUGAUUGGACCGUUACAAAGUGGGCGGGGCUACAUCAUGAGUGCGCUCGAAGACACGCCCCUUUGGACGCUAAGUUGCAGAUCAAUUGAUGGACGUGUGAUAUUAUUAUUGGUCUUUACUAGCGCACAGAAGCACACGUCAUAUUUUAUUUUACAGGACUAACAAAUUAACCGCUUUUGAUAUACAAAUUAAUUAUAUAUAUUAUAUAUAUUGUUUAAUAGUGGCACAAUAUCUAAAAGGGUUAAAAAGACAGUUUUCUUUACAUCUCACGUAGAGUUUUAAGGUACUUGUACUAAGUAUUUAGAGUAUAUGCUUCCUUAUACUUAACAACGUUUUUAGAUUGUUUACUAUAUAUUUCUACUUCUACUUAAAGGGGACGUACCAUCCUGGUGCGGUACUAUGAAUUGGAGGUACUCAAUAUUUUUCCGUCCAGCCAAUCAGAGCAGACUGGACUUUGUUUUGUGAGAGGGUGGGGGGGGAGUCUUAAAGAGACAGGCACAAAAACACCGUUUCAGACUGCACGUAUAUUCAGACAGUAUAAGAACAAUUGUGGUAUUUUUAUUUGAAAGCAUGUACAAACACUACAAGUACAUUCACACUAACGUCAUGUUGUUAAUGAGUAAACCCUGAAAGAAUCAAGUAUGUCAAUGUUUAGUCAAGUAUGUUAAUGUUUAGUCAAGUAUGUUAAUGUUUAGUCAAGUAUGUCAAUGUUUAGUCAAGUAUGUCAAUGUUUAGUCAAGUAUGUUAGUGUUUAGUCAAGUAUGUUAGUGUUUAGUCAAGUAUGUUGUCCCCUCCCUGUUUACGUAACAAUAAAGGUUCUUAACGUUGUGUAAGCUCUAACAACGUAUCGUAGUGUGCCUAUAAGAUAAAGGAAUAUCCAGGAGUUAACUAUUAUUGUUUUGUCUCAUUUUGUUUUGUUUUACCGGAAACACUCCCUCACGUUGCGCUCUUAUUUUGAAAAACAAAACGGGCAUCCGGAAUCACGUGCCCUGUGAACUCUCCGGUCGGCGCGUUCAUGUCCUCUGCAGCUAAAGCGAUGUCCAAAUUCCGUCUGGCUGUGAUCCAGCUGCACGUCACGAGCGUCAAGGCGGAGAAUCUGAGCAGAGCCCGGAAGCUGGUGAAGGAGGCGGCGGGGAAAGGCAGCCAGCUGGUGCUACUUCCGGAAUGCUUCAACUCUCCCUAUGGGACCAGUUUCUUCUCCCAGUACGCUGAGAGGAUCCCAGGAGAGUCCACUCAGAUGCUGUCAGAGACCGCCAAGGAGAACAAGGUGUAUCUGGUGGGAGGUUCGAUCCCCGAGGAGGACGGGGGGAAGCUCUACAACAGCUGUACGGUGUUCGGGCCGGACGGAGAGCUGAUCCUCAAACACAGGAAGAUCCACCUGUUUGACAUCGACAUUCCGGGGAAGAUCCGCUUCCAGGAGUCCGAGACCCUGAGUCCGGGUAGCAGUCUGUCCACGUUCCAGACCCCUUUCUGUAAGGUCGGCGUGGGGAUCUGCUACGACAUGAGGUUCGCUGAGCUGGCGCAGCUCUACAGCCGGAGAGGCUGUGAGCUGCUGGUUUACCCCGGAGCCUUCAACAUGACCACUGGGCCGGCGCACUGGGAGCUGCUGCAGAGGGGCAGGGCGCUGGAUAACCAGGUGUACGUGGCCACGGCGUCUCCUGCCCGAGAUGAGACGUCUUCCUACGUGGCCUGGGGUCACAGCACCGUCGUUAACCCCUGGGGGGAAGUGGUCUCAAAGGCCGGACCGGAGGAGGCCGUUAUCUACGCCGACGUCGACCUGCAGUACUUGGCCGACAUCCGGCAGCAGAUCCCCGUCACGGCUCAGCGGCGCGAUGACCUCUACGCGGUGACCUCUACGGCGACCUCCGUGCCGAAAUGAGUGAACUUUGAGGAAGAAGAAUCUUUCUGAGGACGUCGUUGAGCUUCACGUUGUUUCUCUUUUAUAAAAUGUUGUUGAACACACAAUGAAUGGAUUAAUCAUAAAGAAUGAAUCAGCUUUACAUCUUUUACUCCAGUUCAUAUUAUUGUAAAUCAAAAGCUUUUCAAGAUGAAAACCACAGUAGAAAUAUUUAAAUAUUUCUGUUUUUGAACGAUUGUGUUGAUUCAAAUAAACAUUUUGUGUCCCGAUGUAAAAAUCUGUGAAUGUAAAUAAAACCUCUGCAGCGUU